CGUGUGUUUUUGUGUUUAAGGAAACGUGUGAAGCUCUGGGCAGCUAAGAAGACUCUGCAAGUGUGUGACACGUGGAAGAAAACUCUAAUUUUGCACCACUCUCUUUUUCAACCCCGUAAACUGCAAUGAAAAUGGAUUUGACGAAAGAAGAGAGGCUUGAGGUGAUUCUGAUGUCAGCCAAAUUCAGAGAAACCGGGACUGUGGAUGACAAGCCACGUAGUGGUCGUCCGAAGACCGCCACAGGCAAAGAAACCUCCACAAUGGUUUUGGCAGCCUUUGCGAAAAGUCCACAAUGCAGCACACGACGUCUCGCAGCAGAAUGUGGUGUCAGCCAGUCGUCCCUUGUACGGAUUCUCCAUAACAAUAAUUUGGCUCGGAUGGCUGAAUCGGAGCCCGUGCCUCUCCCUGUCCAGUCUGGAGAGAAGCGAGGUUGUUCUGAGGACAAAGACGAGGAAGACACACCUUCCAAAAAGCCAAAAAUUGAGAGUGAACAGGAAAACGAAGACGCUCCCAACCAAGAUGAGGAGGAGGUGGAGGCAGGUGAUGAAGAAGAGGAUGGAGAAACCUUUGCAGACAUGAUGAAGCACGGCCAGACUGAGAUAGACGUGGGCAUCCUGAAAUAUGUCUGCGACCACAAGGGCUUCUCUGGAAUCCUGAAAGAAAGGUAUUCUGAUUUUGUUGUGCAUGAAAUCAACAAACAAGGCAAGAUAGUACAUUUAGAUGAUCUCUCAAUACCAGCAGACAUUCAGGAAGCCCCAGAAACAGAAGUGGUUCCAAACGACAUUGAGGUGCUUACUGAGGAGCAGAAAAAGUUGCUUGGCGAGCUGCAGCUCUUCAGAAAUAAAGAGGGGAGUGUUUCCAUUGAGAUAAUAGAUGACACGAAAGAGAAACGGACACAAGUCCACAAAGCCAUCAAGACUCAGUUUCCUGGUCUGGAAUCCAAGACUGAGGUGAAAGAAGGGGGCAAGUUCAUUGUGGCCUACCACACCGCUGGGAAGACGGCUUUAGCAGAAGUCAAAACAACUGCAGAAGCUCCAAGGAAACACUUUUGGCCCAAAAACCGGGGCAGUUUUUGCCACUUCGUCCUGUACAAAGAAAACAAAGACACCAUGGAUGCAAUCAAUGUGUUGUCAAAGUUUCUCAGGCUUAGACACAACAUGUUCUCCUACAUGGGUACCAAGGACAAGAGAGCCAUCACUGUGCAGGAGAUUGCAGUGCACAAGAUCACAGCAGAGAGGUUGGCUCACCUCAACAAGAACCUCAUAAGCCUGAAGCUUGGAAACUUCAGCUACAAAAAACAUCCUCUGAAGCUCGGGGAGCUGCAGGGGAACCACUUCACUGUGGUCAUCAGGAACAUCUCAGGGACAGAUGAGGAGGUUCAUCAGGCCAUGACGUCCCUCAGGCAGAAAGGCUUCAUCAACUACUAUGGAAUGCAACGCUUUGGCACCACAGCUGUGCCCACACAACAAGUUGGCAGGGCUAUUCUGAAGAACGACUGGGAGGAGGUGGUUGAUUUGAUUCUGAAACCUCGUCCUGGAGCAGAGAAAGAAUUUCUGGUCCGCUGCAGGGAGGAGUGGGCCAAGACUCAGGACCCGGAGGCGGCACUGAAAAAGUUGCCCAACAAGCGCUGCGUAGAGGGACAGCUGCUUCGUGGUCUGUCCAUGUAUGGCAAGAAAAACAUCAUCACUGCCUUUGGACUGAUCCCCCGAAACAGCCGGCUGAUGUACAUCCACAGCUACCAGAGCGUGGUGUGGAACACCUUGGUCAGCCGCAGGAUCGAGGCCUUCGGCCUAAAGGCUGUGGAGGGGGAUCUGGUCCUCAGAGAAACCACAGCACACGUGCUGUCUGCAGAGGAGGCCGAGAGUCACUCCAUCCACGACAUCGUGAUGCCACUUCCUGGCUUUGAUGUCAUCUACCCUUCUCAUCACAUUGGUGCAGGUUACAGAGAGCUGCUGUCAGCAGACGGGCUGGACAUCGACAACAUGAGACACAAAGUGAAGGACUACUCUCUGGCUGGAGCCUACAGACGUGUCAUCAUCAGACCCACUGAUGUCAGCUGGGAGGUGAUCCGUUACGAUGAUCCCAAGAUCUCUCUGGUGCACAGUGAUUUUGAAAAGCUGAAGAACAAACCUCCCCCCGUUUUUAAUAAAGAGGGGAAGUAUCGCGCCCUGAAGAUGGAGUUCUCUCUGCCUCCUUCAACUUACGCUACCAUGGCCAUCAGAGAGGUCCUGAAGCUGGACACGAGCAUCAAGAAGCAGACCGAGCUCAACACGCUCUCAUUUAACUGAGACAUGAACAUGAACCGGGCUCAUCACUUUGUGACUUUUUGUUGAGUUUGUGUCCCAUGCAUAAUAAUGUCUAAAUAACUCAUGAGAUUGAUUGAUUGGAUGACAACAAUCAGCAUAUAACUAAUAGUCAACAGUUUUGGGGAAGGUGUUUUUACUUUGAGAGGUUUUGUACUGUGGUGAGUCAUAUUUUCAAUAAUUUAAGGCUUUCAAGCUGGUAAUUUGUACAGAAACAAGAUUUUUUUAAAUCAUUAUUUAGAUUGGAGCUGUGACUCUCUUAAAGAGAAAAAUUAAACAAAUGACUCUCAGA